UAAAAAUUGUAUAUACUGAAGCUUCACACAAAGUCGGAUUUUGCUGUUUUGUAUUAUACCUCCAGAAAAUAUCAAUAGGUUGGAUUCUGACCUUCUGUGAACUGGUGUAAGCAUAACUCUGAGAUAUUGCGUUAGCUCGGGAACUUAAAAAUUAGCAUGGCAGAAGAAGAGAAAACUCCAAUAGUGAAUGGAAUAAAUGUUAAUAAUUAUUCAAGCUCCUUGGAUGUACAAGCCCCUACAAAUAAUUAUGAAGCUUCAAGAGGAUUUGAAAUCACUCCAGGACAGGUCAAAAUACCUUCAUCAAGGGAUAAAUCUUUCAGUUUUAGGAAACUGUGGGCCUUUACAGGACCGGGGUUUUUAAUGAGUAUAGCUUACCUUGAUCCAGGUAACAUAGAAUCUGAUUUACAGGCUGGUGCUAUUGCCAAAUACAAGUUAAUAUGGGUGUUAAUGUGGUCCACAGUACUCGGGCUGAUACUUCAACUAUUGGCUGCAAGAUUAGGAUGCGUUACAGGUAUGAAUCUAGCACAAGUGUGUCAUCUAGAAUAUCCAAGGUUUCCUCGUAUCACCCUGUGGUUAAUGGUUGAAAUCGCCAUCGUUGGAAGUGAUAUACAAGAAGUAAUAGGAUCAGCUAUUGCUUUAAAUCUAUUAUCCAAUCACAAAAUACCUAUAUGGGCAGGUGUGUUGAUAACUGGUGUUGAUACCUUCACAUUUCUGUUUCUGGAAAGUGCAGGGCUGAGGAAGUUAGAAGCAUUCUUUGGUGCUCUUAUCACAACAAUGGCUAUAACUUUUUUCUAUAUUUAUGUGAAAAUUAUGCCAAGCCAAGGAGACAUUCUAAUUGGAAUGUGGUUUCCAUGGUGCGAGAAUUGUGACAAAGACUCCAUUGUACAGUUAGUAGGAAUUGUGGGAGCAGUCAUCAUGCCACACAAUAUAUAUCUCCACAGUGCUCUAGUUUUAACAAGAAAUAUUGAUAGAACUGACAAACAUGAGGUGUCUGAGGCAAUCAAAUACAACAGUAUAGAAUCAGCAAUAGCAUUGUUUAUAUCUUUUAUCAUCAACCUGUUUGUGCUAGCUGUAUUUGCUGCAGCUUUCUCGGGUCCAACUUUCAGAGAGACAGCUAGUUUACACAAUGCUGGCGCUUGGUUAUACGAGCAAUACGGGCUUGGUGUAAAGAUUAUUUGGGGUAUAGGUAUCCUGUCUGCUGGUCAAAGUUCUACUAUGACGGGAACUUAUGCAGGGCAGUUUGUAAUGGAGGGAUUUAUGAAUAUAAGAUGGUCAAAAUGGAAGCGGGUUUUAUUGACUAGAUCUAUUGCCAUGGUACCAACAAUUAUUGUGGCUCUCAUAGCAACCAAUGACCUUGAUGCAAUGAACAACUGGUUGAAUGUCCUCCAGAGUGUACAACUUCCGUUUGCUUUGUUACCUGUUUUACACUUUACGAGCAGUGAAACCAUUAUGAGAGAGUUUAAAAAUGGAAGAGUCAUGAAGAUUACUGUUUGGAGCUUAGCUAUUUUAGUUAUGGGGAUUAACUUUUAUCUUGUUAUAAUAUCUGUGGGAACCGGAGAUCAGUGGUGGGUUUAUGUUAUCUCUGUUAUAAUAAUAUGUGUAUAUCUGGCCUAUGUGGCAUAUAUGUGCAACUUUUUAAAGGAAAAGAGAAACAGGAGGGAUUAAAUUAAUAAGUCGACAACACCAUGGCCAGCAUAAAAAGAGAUACAUAUAUACAAGAGUACACAGCACAUUAUACAGAGAACUUAAGAUUAAACGCAACACGAGCCCAACCAUAAACUGGAGGUGAACCCAUGUUCUCUGGAGGAAUCGACAAUAACAGUUCCACUAGUAGCACCCGUCAUGUUAAUUCUGUUCAAAUCGGUUAAUGAAAAUAACUUUUACAGUUUGUUAUGAUGUUGUGGCGUUAAAUCACUGUCCCAGGUUAAGAAGGGCAGGUGGCUAACAAAUAUGUUUAGACCCGCCAUCAUUCGUUAUAUGCAGUCGGGAACCCGCAGUCCAGUAGUUGACGAUAGUCAUCGCCUUUCGUAUCGUUUAAUGUUAUCAACUUGAAUUGUGACUUCAGUUUUCCCUGUAAUAUUAUUACAAAAUUGUUAUCCGGGGCCUUAUCUUUUUGUCGUUUGUUGGACAGUUGCCUGAUUGGCAAUCGUACAACAUAUUCGGAUUUCUAUACCGGUUAUAACACACUCCGCAAUAACAGAUAUGUAAUUAUCUUUUUUAUAACACAUUUUACAUGUAAGUAUCAUGGCCAAAUUUAAAAGUUUGAAGUGCCGUAUACACAGUGUACAUACAAAUAAUAAAGUUAUGGAUAGAAUCAAAACAGAUAUUGAAAGAACAUAAAAGCAUCAUAUCAAACAGAAUUGGUGAACUCGUAUUUUCGGAAGGGAAAGCAGUUCAUAUUUUACUAGUGGAAUCAGUCGUGUUGCUCAUAAACAAGUAAUGAAAGUGGUUGUGAGAACUGGAGGGAAAAGAUUGCCUUUAUUUCGCAAUGUGAACAUUGCAUUGAAUUCAGCAAUGCAACAUAUUAAGGGAACUUUUUAAAUUUAAUUGACUAUAUCUUCCUCUUUUCAGUUAUCUGAGCAUAUAUUAUAAAUACAUUUCUUGGUAUGGACAUGUACAGGAGUUAAAGAUAUUAUGCCAGUGACAAUAGGGUUUUGAUUGCAUUUAAACAGUCAGGUUACAAGUUGCAUUUGGUGAUGUUGCAAUAGAAUACCAGAGCAAAGGGCAGGAUUUUGGUUAUGAAACUGACUUGUAAUGAAAACUUAACUGUUCCAUUAAAAAUAAUUAUAUGGUCAAAAGUCAAUUGAUUUUUCAAAGACAAUCAGAUAAUCAUGUACACUUAUCCAUUUUGGGAUUCUGUGUCUGUAACUUUUUUUCAGAUUUGGUCGCUCUGAUUGCUGCAAAAUCAGACAAAUAUCUCCGGACACGGAAUCCCAAAAGGGAUUAUCACGUAUACAUAGAUAUGAAUAUACAGACCAAAGUUUCUUGAUUCUAGUUAAAUGUGUUUUCGCUGCUGCAGAUCAAGCAUACCAAGGCAAUGAUUUCAGUUAUAUUUAUUGUAGACAAGGCAAUUAAAUCAAUGUUUUCAUGCAGCUAUGUUUUGGUAUGGGACAUUUUUCAAGCUAGAGAAAAUAUGUCUUACUUCGGCAACUAAAAAUUAGUAACCACUCAAAACACUACUCUGUAUUUUACUUUGCAGGUAGCUUGUGUUCAAUAACAUAGAAAUUUAAAUAAAGUUUUCUAGCAAAUAAUUUUGUCUGUU